UGUCCAAUCAAUUCACACACUCUUCCUCCCUCUCUCUCUCUCUCUACCUAGAGAGAGAAAGCCAAGAAUAAACCACUCUCCUAACACCCACUGCCACACCACUUUUAACCGUUACACCACUUUCUCUCUCUCUCUUCAACAUGGAGAAACAUCCAAUAUUCUUCAUUUGCAUCAUCUUAUUCUCCCUGUCUAUGACAGGAAAACCCGACCUAACUGCGGACCGGGCUGCUAUUCUGGCAAUCCGGUCCUCAGUAGGCGGACGUUCAAUUUUAUGGAACAUUUCCCAGCCGGCGACCCCGUGCACCUGGCCCGGGGUGGUGUGCGACAACAAAACCAACCGUGUUGUCGAGCUUCAUUUCCCGGGGAUGGGACUUUCUGGCAAGCUGCCAGAAAACACCCUCGGGAAUUUAACAGAGCUCACCACCCUGAGUCUCAGGUUUAAUGCACUCUCCGGGUCGCUUCCCUCCGAUAUAUUUACCCUCGGUAAUCUCCGUAACCUCUUCCUCCAAAACAACCUUUUUUCGGGCCAGAUACCCGAUUCGUUUUCGGGUAUGAGCAAUCUCGUGAGAGUGAACUUUGCUAAUAAUAAUUUCUCUGGUGAGAUUCCCAAUUCAGUUACUAACUUGACCCGGUUAGCUACAUUGUAUUUGGAAAACAAUGGGUUCACGGGUCCAAUUCCGGAUCUUACCCGGACCAAUAUAGCUCAGUUUAACGUCUCGAAUAAUCAAUUAACCGGAGAAAUUCCAUCCAAGUUAUCUGGUUUCCCGGAUUCUGCUUUCUCCGGGAAUUCGCUAUGCGGAAAACCGCUCACAUCUUGUACCGGGUCUGAAUCCGGAUCCGGAUCCGGGUCGGGUUCAAGUAAUGGGCUCUCUGGUGGGGCAAUUGCCGGAAUUGUGAUCGGGUCUGUUUUGGGUCUUUUGUUAAUUUUGUUGAUUUUAUUCUUUUUAUGUUGUAAGAAUAGAAAACAAAAGGAAAACACAACAUCAAAGAGUUUGGGUGAAACAGAACAAGUUAAAAUCGAUAUGCCGGUUGAGAAUGCAAACACGAAAUCAUCGAAAGCGGUUGAGAAUGUCGAUAGCUACCCAACGUUAGCUGCGGCUGCGGUUGGUGGAGCGGGUGGUGCGAAGGCGAAAUCGGGUGAGGUUGGGAAGAAACUUGUGUUUUUUAAGAAGAAUAAUGAGUUGGGGAAGUUUGAUUUGGAUGAUUUGUUGCGGGCGUCGGCGGAAGUGCUCGGGAAAGGGACGUUUGGGACCGCGUAUAAGGCGGUGCUUGAGACGGGAUUCGCGGUUGUGGUGAAGAGGUUGAAGGAUGUUACAAUGGGGGAUAAGGAGUUUAGAGAGAAAAUUGAAGGUGUUGGUGCAAUGGAUCAUGAGAAUUUGGUUCCAUUGAGAGCUUAUUAUUGCAAUGGGGAAGAAAAACUUCUUGUUUAUGAUUAUAUGCCAAUGGGAAGCCUUUCUGCUUUGUUACAUGGAAAUAGAGGAGCAGGAAGGACACCAUUGAAUUGGGAAACAAGAUCCUCCAUAGCCCUUGGGGCGGCCCGAGGAAUGGUGUACCUACACGCACAAGGCUCGACGGUCUCCCAUGGGAACAUUAAAUCAUCGAAUAUCCUGUUGACGUCGUCCUACGAAUCCCGAGUGUCUGAUUUUGGGUUGGCUCAGCUCGUUGGUCCUAGUGCGACACCAACCCGUGUGGAUGGCUAUCGCGCGCCAGAAGUAACGGAUGCACGCAAAGUUUCUCAAAAAGCAGAUGUGUACAGCUUUGGGGUGUUGUUGUUGGAGUUGCUAACGGGUAAAGCACCAACACACGCGUUGCUAAACGAAGAAGGGGUUGACCUCCCGAGAUGGGUUCAGUCGGUGGUUCGAGAAGAGUGGACUUCGGAGGUGUUUGAUCUCGAGUUACUUCGGUAUCAAAAUGUUGAAGAUCAUAUGGUUCAGUUGUUACAAUUGGCUAUCGACUGUUGUGCCCAGUACCCUGAUAAGCGACCGAAUAUGGUCGAUGUGGCUAACCACAUUGCCGAGCUUUGUGGUUCUACUGGUUCGCAUGCGCAAGAAACGUACCAGUCAACCGACAUUGUAAGCGAUUCGUGAUCCUUUCGGUUCGGGUUUUUCGGGUAUUGAAUUUGUUGUUUUGUUAUUUGAAAUGUUGAUUAUACAUACACAUUUUGAUGUUGUAGUUUGUUGAGUAAAUUGUAAUUUGUAAUAUGAAAUCUCAAUGUAAUUCUUUGCUUUGUUUAUGUAAAUUUGGGUUUUUUUGUUUUUGUUUUUUGUAUGUAUUAAAACUCAAAUUGAAAUUUU